ACAAAAACAAAAACCCAUAAACCUCAAACCAGCCAAUUUCUCUCUCUCUCUCUCUCUCUCUCUCUCUCUCUCUCUCUCUCUCUCUCUACAUCACAUUGAACAUACACAUGCAUUCAUGAGCUGGGCCUUGGAUGAUCUUUCUGGUGGGGCUUCGGUGGUGGUGGUGGUGAAAUGGGGUGUCUCAUAUCUCAACUGGCCUCCAAAUUCGCCUUCUUCCCUCCCUCUCCUGCCACCUACGCCGUAAAGAAGUGCGACGGCGGAAAGCUCUCCGCCGUCUCCACAGCAGGGUCGACGCCCCUGCCGAUCGGCGGCGACUGCAACGGGUCGCCGUCCCCGUCGCUCGACGUGCUGCUGCUGGACACCAAGAGAGGGAACAAAAUCGUGGCGUUCUAUCUGAGGAACCCGUGCGCUCGCCUCACUGUGCUCUACUCCCAUGGCAAUGCGGCUGAUUUGGGUCAGCUCUUUGACCUCUUUGUUCAGCUCAAAGCCAAUCUCAGGGUCAACCUCAUGGGGUACGAUUAUUCUGGCUAUGGAGCCUCUACAGGCAAGCCAAGUGAAUCCAACACAUAUGCUGACAUAGAGGCAGUAUACGAGUGUCUUCAGACAGACUAUGGUGUUAGCCAGGAAGACUUAAUUCUGUACGGACAGUCAGUGGGAAGUGGGCCAACACUGCACUUAGCAGCUAAGUUGCCGAGGUUGAGAGGCGUAGUUCUGCACAGUGCCAUUCUUUCCGGUCUUCGUGUGGUCUGCCGUGUGAAAUUCACGUUUUGCUGUGACAUAUAUAAGAAUGAAAAGAAAAUUCGAAAGGUGAAGUGCCCUGUGCUGGUGAUACAUGGUACGGAAGAUAGCGUUGUAAAUUGGUUUCACGGUAAUGGAUUAUGGAAAAUGGCCAAGGACCCGUAUGAGCCCUUGUGGGUUAAGGGAGGUGGACACUGCAACUUGGAGCUGUACCCAGAUUAUAUCCGCCACCUUUGCAAGUUCAUCCAAGAAAUGGAGAACAUAACUUCAGCAACCCGCCUUAGAAAAAUCAGGCAAAACCUCCAUUUGAAUAAGAUUGCUAUCAAAAGGUGUUGUCGGAUCAAAUGUUUCCGGAUAAAAUUCCGACGACCAAAAUUCCCAGAAUGUUUGAAACCAAGCUGCACAAAAUGUUGUUGCCGACCGAAAUGCCCAGAAUGGCAAUGUAGAUGCCCAAAAUGGCAAUGUAGAGGCCUGGAGUCACCAUGUAAAUGCAUGGAGUGUCGAUGCAAAUGCCUUGAAUGUUGGAGACCAGGUUGUUUGAAAUGCUUGUGCUAGCUAUAGUCAAUGGUUGGGUAUAAAUAGCUUUGGACGGUAAAGCAGCAUAAUGAAAAGUAAUGGUGUUUAUAGUAGAUUGCUGAACUAGCUAACACACCUCAAAACAUGUGCAGUAGCGUGGUUAAACAAGAGGAAGUAGAAACUAAUUAGAAUUGUUGGAAGGGAUACAGUCUGAUUAUAUGGUUUCCUGAUUCGAGUUGCUUUCCUGGAACUUUGUAUUUAAUUUGCUGCUGUAUUUAGAAUAUUUCGUUUUUUGAUUUGCAGAAUCAUGCUUUGAUCAA